AUGGCUUCAUAUUAUUCGCGACCCGAUUCAUUCUCCCCUGGUGUGGGCAGAGGAUUGAAUACCGCCCAGAAUCCUUCAAUUUCUGAUUUACCUCAGGCACAAAUAGACGCAAUCAUCAGGACGAAACGCAAAGCGCGAGAACCCAAAGCUUGCUAUCCAUGCCAUACCAGAAAAGUCAAAUGCGAUCGUAAUCUUCCCUGCGAUGGCUGCGUCAAACGAGAUCAUGCAGACCUUUGUUCUUACGAGCGACCGUCGAAAAAGCGACAAGCGAACACGGCAUACCUGCCCACAGUGAUCAACGAUGAUUUGCCGGAAUCGGGUAUCCCGAGUGUAGAAAGCUCCGGCGUUCAGGUCAAAUCAGAGACUGUAGAUGCAGAAUUCGACUCGGGUGGGCGAAUUUCCGUGCCUCGUGAACAUUGGAAUAAUGUGUGCAACAAAUUGAAGGAAAUGGAACAAGCGAUAUCAACUCUGAGAAAUGGUCUUGAGCAAAUCGACGGUGGCCGUGCCUCGGUCGCCAUGGCCCCGGGCAGCGUUCAAAGCGUUGAUGCAAAUAACUCAUCGGCUCSAACAUCCCCGGAGCGUGAGGGUAUACACACUACACAUACCUAUGGCGAAGGCACAGUCCAUCUCGGAUCGCGAUCAGUGUUGGCUUACAUCUUGAACAAGUCUGGUUCUCUCCAGGCCCAAGCGCUUCUUGAAGGUGGCAUCCUACCCAAACUCGGUCUUGACAAUGAGACUGCUACAUAUCCCUUCGUUGAUCUAUGGUCUUCCGAUACCUCUGCGUUCGAUGUAAACGCAGUUUGUGGUGCUCUGCCCGACGAUCAACAAAUAUUAGAGUUCUUCCAUUACUAUAGAGACAUUGCCGGCACCCUUUAUCCCGUAUUGGUGGAUGUCCCUGGGUUUGAAAAGAAUCUGCACACCUUCCUACAGAAUAGGAAUGCAGCCGGAGGCAUUUUGAAACAAGGCGAGGAUCGAGGGCUUUCACAACGCCCCUUUGGCAUGAACCUGGCCUUUAUUGGUCUGCUGUUUGCUGUCCUGGCAUCUGGGUGUCAAUCGUCAGACCUUCCUAGCCGAGAACGAGAACUUACAUCCCAGGUUUAUGUCUGCUGUGCAUACCAAUGCCUUCGCAUGUGCAACUUCGUCUCUCAACCAACUCUCGAGGCAAUGAAAACGCUGCUAAUUAUUGGUAACGUUCUUUCGUAUAAUAUGAAUCCUGGUGUUUCUUAUGUUCUACUAGGAAUGACGAUGCGCAUGGGCCUUGCUUUGGGACUUCACGUCGAGUCGAAUCGAUUUGACCCUGUCGAGCGGUACACUCGACAGCACAUAUGGUGGUCCAUGGCUUGGCAGGACAGCCAUUUCUCCCUCUCUUAUGAUCGGCCAUCAACGGUAGCAGUCAGCCAGCCUGACAUUUCCGACAGACCUGAAUCCAAACCGGGGAAUCGCGACUAUUUUGAGACCAUGUGUAGGAUCAUAUCAUUAACACUCGAAGUCGUUCGCGGUCGAAUGGUUCACCCUCAUUCCCACAUGAGUCUCAAAAGCAUGCAAACAUACAAAAAUCGAAUACAGGAAUUCCUUGCAGAUGCGUCUCCGCAUUUGCGGGAACGCCGCUACUGUCAAACACCUAUGGAUCAUCUUCAAAGACUUGCGCUGAGAGUGCACUCAUCAUACAUAACUUCAGAACUUUGCAGACCAGCGUUGAAGGCCGAAGCUGACAAAGACGAUCCACUACAACCUGUGGUCCGUCGUUACUGUAUUGAGCAUCUCAUCAGCACAGUCGAAUCUUAUAUCGAACUGCACUCAUUCAGUACCCAUGGCUCGCGCGCUUGGAUUACCUUGCAACGUGCGAUCAGCUGCGCGUUUCUUCUAGCCGUCAUUGAGGAAGGAAAGACCGAACCAAAGGUUAGAGAGCUUCUACACGAACUCGAAGUCAUAAUUUCUGAACGAGCCACUGCCGAGGGCGGAUAUGACUCUGGCACGGCCAUCGUUCCUCCUGGGGUUGAAAGUAUGAAGUCCCCUGGAAAUGUGGCACAUAAUGGAAUGGCCACAGGCUACCCACAUUUUGACACUAUUCAAGGGGUGACCAAAGCUCACUUAUCCGUUUCAGAUUCAUAUCAAGGCGCGCAACCUGCAUCGAUCCCGGCAAACAUCACAAUGGACACCCAAACGCAAUGGGCAAAGCCUCUUGUACGGACUCUACGCGCAUUGCAGAAACUCAACAUUGCUUUCGAUUCGUACAACGGUCAGCCUGGCAGUAGUCAUACGACUUCGCUCGGCUCCGCAGAAACCCUAUCAGCGCCGCACACCCUGGGAUACAGACGCACCUCAUCUGCGAACUCCCAGCCCCAAGCCGGAUAUACGCCGAACGUGGGAUCGCUACCUCCCCCGACCCCCGAGAGCUCCAGUAGCGGUGACUGGACGUACCCGAAUCUCCUAGAUAGGGCUGCAGAGUACAUUCAUCCUCCUCUUUGGGGAUGA